GUGCUGGCUCUCCUGUCCUUCUACCUGAUGCCCAUCAGUCCAUGGCCGGCGGUCUUCUGUUACCUGCUCAGUGCUCUGCUCGAUUCUUUCGAUGGCUACGCUGCUCGUGCACUGAAUCAGUGCACAAAGUUCGGAGCCAUGCUGGACAUGUUGACGGACCGCUGUGCCACCAUGUGUCUGCUGGUCAACCUGUCCCUGCUCUACCCGUCCUACACCUUCCUGUUCCAGGUCAGCAUGUGUCUGGACAUCUCCAGCCACUGGCUGCACCUGCACAGCUCGACCAUAAAGGGAUCAGGCAGUCACAAGACCAUCGACCUCUCUGGGAACCCCAUCCUGAGGAUCUACUACACCUCCAAGCCAGUGCUGUUCGUCAUGUGCGCUGGGAACGACCUCUUCUUCUGUCUGCUCUACCUUCUUCAUCACAUCUCGGAGCCUGCUGCGUGGCUCUACUGGCUGCAGGGACUCUGUGGGACCAUCUGCCUGCUCAAGUCCGGCAUCAGCCUCGUGCACCUCAUCACCGCCUCCCAGAACAUGGCCGCCCUGGACGUCGCCGAGCGAGAGAAGCAGCAGUGAGCGAGAGGCUGAGCGAGAGGCUGAGCGAGAGCCGGAAGUUCAGCAACAAGUCCACCGCCACGGUUUUAUUUAUUACCAUUAUUGUUGUUGAUUUUUGGGAACAGGAUGCGAAACACUUGAAAAGUUUGUCAGACGAUCAUAGAGAGAUUUUAUUUUUAUGACCAAACAUUACAACCAUGUUACAUAACGAUGUGAUCAAUUCCAGAUCCAGGCAGGAGUGAGGCUGACGGCUUUUAUUUGAUAUUGACUCUCUACAGACAAACAGAGUCAGGCUCCACCCACACUGAUGAGUUUCUGUGAUUAAAACUUCACUGUUGCUAUGGUUACAUCUGGAGUUCUCCAGCCUCUGGAUCAGAGACGUGUGUGAACUGAAGAUAUCUUCACGUUUUACAGAUCAGGUAGAAAACGCUGCCGUGACAAAUGUUCGCACAGAAGAAUUUAAUCCAUCAGUGAAAAUACAGUAUUAAAAAAAUAACAAAUAUCAGUGUUCAGAGUUUCUCUUUCUCUGUUAAUUGAAUGUAUUUGUGUUUGCGAUAAAGUUAAACAUUAGAAAAACAAUUACCAGACAAUGAAAAUGAUCAUCGUUUGUAGCUUGUGUAUCUGCAGCCGUGAACUUUAGCAAGUCAUUAAUAAACACAGGUUAGAUUCCCCUUUUUACAGAAAGUCUAAGUUGAAAGGUGAAUAAACACCAGACGUAACCUGACGACCCUGAAGUCGCUCUUUUAACAGACCUGAACUGGUUACGAUGUUUUCUCACCUGUAUUCAGACCAUUCUUUAAAAAGUGGCACGUAAACAACCGUCGACUCCUGUAAAUAAAAUCUCCACCUUUAUUUCCCCGUUUGUUUCGUGUUUAUUCUUAAUUUUCUGUGACUGAGACCUAAAACCUGACGUGUUCAUGCCUAAAUAUUCCGCUUGUGAGCUCCGAGCCUCAGUUCUCAUUGAUCCGUGGUGAUUCCUGCCAAAACUCUGUUGCAGAUUAAAUGCUGGUUGUUGGGGGGGGGGGGUGAUUAUCACUUUGUGCUUUUUUUUUUACUUCUAAUGUUGUUCAUUUGUGGCAGAAGGUGUGUGUUUUAUUUUCCGUUGUCCUCGACACUGAGAGUUAUGCAGGUCAUAAGUUACACCUCGUGUGAAGAGCACCAAGUAUUAUCAUUGUGGGAUUUUAACUCUGUGCUGCAGAGCCGUGUUUCGGUCUCUGUUGAAAUAGAACUUCUAGAAUGUGUUCUUCUGAGAUACUACUGUACGUGAGAGUUCAAACACUAUAUUUAGAUGAUGUUUGUGGUAAUUAAAGUCUUUGGAGGGUAUUUAGGUGGAGGUGCCGGUGGUUUGAAUUCACUGUAAAAGCAGCUACAAAAUAAAAAUGAUGAAAAUCC